GAUUUAUAACAGAAACAACAACUUCUGAUGUUGUGUCAUCAACAUUACCACCAAUUUCCACCCGAGAAACAUUUGAAACAACAGCUCAAACUGAAUCUACUCAGAACAUUAUUACAACAGAAGAAACGGCCACUGAAGAAACUGAUUAUACCUUGGUUUCUGGUACUGAUCUAACUAAAACAUCUGAACGUGCAACAACUACAUUUGAAAGUUCUACUUCAACUGAUUUGCCUACAGGAUUUAUGACAGAAACUGCAACAUCUGAUGUUGUCUCAUCAACAUUACCACCAAUUUCCACCCAAGAAUCAUUCAAAACAACAGCUCAAACUGAAUCUACUCGGAACAUUAUUACAACAAAAGAAACAGUCAGUGAAGGAACUGAUUACACCCAGCCAAUUAUUACAACAGAAGAAGCAGUCACUGAAAGGCGACAACAGAAUGUGUACAAUAUAAACCAGUCAAACAAUUUAAAAGGUUAUUUAGAGUUGAAUUACAGUUUUACAAGGAAUCCUGGCGUACUCAGCUUGAAAACAAGAACUCUUGUCUAUUUCACCAGAAAGCCAUAUUUUUCUACAAAGAAGAAUGGAAGCCUUAUUGUUGAUAGUACUGUUGAAGUAGACGACAACACUAAUCACAAUAAGACAGAUAUUGAAGAUGCCCUAGUAAAUUCCCAAGGAAUUUUUAAUGAUUCAGUAAUUUUAUCCAUUCAAGAAAUUUAUGAAUCUACAACUGGUGAUUAUAUAACAUACUUUGGCAGUACUCCAUUGACUGAUUCAUCACGUGUAGUUAGUACAGGCGCUACAGAAAUAACAAAUGGACCAACCACAGUUCCGAUAUCACCUGAUACAACAAUGAUAACAGACACAACACCAGUUACUGAACGUACAACACAAGUCAUAACUGAGACUAUCAGGACAGAAGCAACCCAGUUUGCAGGUAAUCAAACUACUGAGCCAACAUUUACUGAUCUGACAUCAGUUAUCACAGAGGCAGACACAACACCAGUUACUGAACGUACAACAACAGUCAUAACUGAGACUAUCAAGACAGAAGCAACCCAGUUUGCAGGUACUCAAACUACUGAGCCAACAUUUACUGAUCUGACAUCAGUUAUCACAGAGGCAGACACAACACCAGUUACUGAACGUACAACAACAGUCAUAACUGAGACUAUCAAGACAGAAGCAACCCAGUUUGCAGGUACUCAAACUACUGAGCCAACAUUUACUGAUCUGACAUCAGUUAUAACAGAGGCAGACACAACACCAGUUACUGAACGUACAACAACAGUCAUAACUGUGACUGUCAGGACAGAAGCAACUGAUGAAUCUACCCAGUUUACAGGAACUCAAACUACUGAGCCAAUAUUUACUGAUCUGUCAUCAGUUAUUACAGAGGAAGGUACAACUCCAGUUACUGAACGUACAACACCUGUCAUAAGUGAGACUGUCAGGACAUCCCCAACUGAUGAAUCUACCCAGUUUACAGAGUCAGACACAGCACCAGUUACUGAACGUACAACACCAGUCAUAACUGAGACUAUCAGGACAGAAGCAACCCAGUUUGCAGGUACUCAAACUACGGAGCCAACAUUUACUGAUCUGACAUCAGUUAUUACAGCGGCAGACACAACUCCAGUUACCGAACGUACAUCACCUGUCAUAACUGAGACUGUCAGGACAUCCCCAACUGAUGAAUCUACCCAGUUUACAGGUACUCAAACUACUGAGCCAACAUUUACUGGUCUGUCAUCAGUUAUGACAGAGACAGACACAACUCCAAUUACCGAACGUACAACACCAGUCAUAACUGCGACUGUCAGGACAUCCCCAACAGAUGAAUCUACCCAGUUUACAGGUACUCAAACCACUGAGCCAACAUUUACUGAUCUGUCAUCAGUUAUUACAGAGGAAGAUACAACUCCAGUUACUGAACGUACAACACCAGUCAUAACUGAGGCUAUCAAGACAGAAGCAACCCAGUUUGCAGUUAUUACAGAGGCAGACACAACACCAGUUACUGAACGUACAACACCUGUCAUAACUGCGACUGUCAGGACAUCCCCAACAGAAGAAUCUACCCUGUUUACAGGUACUCAAACCACUGAGCCAACAUUUACUGAUCUGUCAUCAGUUAUUACAGAGGAAGAUACAACUCCAGUUACUGAACGUACAACACCAGUCAUAACUGAGACUAUCAGGACAGGCGCAACCCAGUUUGCAGUUAUCACAGAGGCAGACGCAACACCAGUUACUGAACGUACAACACCAGUCAUAACUGAGACUGUCAGGACAGAAGCAACUGAUGAAUCUACCCAGUUUACAGGUACUCAAACUACAGAGCCAAUAUUUACUGAUCUGUCAUCAGUUAUUACAGAGACAGACGCAACACCAGUUAGUGAACGUACAACAACAGUCAUAACUGCGACUGUCAGGACAGAAGCAACUGAUGAAUCUACCCUGUUUACAGUUAUUACAGAGGAAGAUACAACUCCAGUUACUGAACGUACAACACCUGCCAUAACUGAGACUGUCAGGACAGAAACAACUGUUGAAUCUACACAGUUUACAGAAAUUCAAACUGCAGGACCCUCAUUUUCCGAUCUGUCAUCAGUUAUCACAGAGACAGAUACAACACUAUUCAUAACUGAGACUGUCAAGACAGACGCAACUGAUGAAUCUACCCAGUUUACAGGUACUCAAACUACUAAGCCAACAUUUACUGGACUGUCAUCAGUUAUUUCAGAGGAAGAUACAACUCCAGUUACUGAACGUACAACACCAGUCAAAACUGAGACUAUUAGAACAGACGCAACCCAGUUUGCAGGUACUCAAACCACUGAGCCAAUAUUUACUGAUCUGACAUCAAUUAUUACAGAGGAAG